AUGUUCCGAGCCUCAGCAGCAGGCCCUUAUGAUGAGGUCGUCACCAAGGCCACCGACGAGAACCUCACGUCUGAGGAUUGGGGCGCCAUUAUCGAGGUCUGUGACAAAGUAGGCAACGACCCAAAUGGCCCCAAGGAAGCUGUCCAAAGCAUCAUCAGGCGCCUUGCGCAUCGCAACGCCAAUGUCCAGCUCUACACUCUUGAGCUUGCGCAUGCCCUCGCCCAAAACUGUGGGAAGAAUAUACACCGCGAACUUUCUAGCCGUGCCUUUACAGAUGCCCUCCUCCGUCUCACCAACGACCGUAAUACCCACACACAAGUCAAGUCUAAAAUCAUUGAGCAUAUGAAGAGCUGGUCCGAGAUGUUCAGCAGCGAUCCUGAACUGGGCAUCAUGAGCGAUGCCUACAACCGUGCCACACGAAGCAACCCGAACAUUCAGCCCCCAAGUGCUCCUCAAAAGCAGGGCCUUACCGAGCUCGAUCGCCAGAAGGAAGAGGAUGAAUUGCAGAUGGCCCUCAAGUUGAGUCUGCAGGAGGAGGAGCGCAAGAAGACUGCUGCAAGCAGUCCAGGCGCACAAGCCGGUCCUAGUGGCCAGACAGAGAGCCCAGCUCCUGCUGCGCCGGCUGGAACUACAGCGGCCACGGUGAGCCGGGUACGCGCGCUCUUCGACUUCGCUCCUUCUGAGCCCGGAGAGCUGGAAUUCAAGAAAGGCGAUGUUAUUGCUGUUCUCGAGAGCGUAUAUAAGGACUGGUGGCGAGGCUCUCUCAGGGGCAAGACUGGCAUCUUCCCGCUCAACUAUGUCGAAAAGCUUACCGAUCCCACACCGGAUGAGUUACAGCGCGAGGCUCAGAUGGAGGCCGAGGUGUUCGCUGAGAUCAAGAACGUUGAGAAGCUCCUCACAUUGUUGAGCACUUCCAACACAGCGCCCCGAGAGGAAGAUAACGAGGAGAUUUCCGUAAGCACCCAGUAUGAUGCAAAGCUGGAUAUGAUGCUAAUAUCCAUCUCUCAGAUGACUUUACACAGCUGA